GAUUUUCUCUUGCUGGUUUAAUUAGUUUCCUUUUAUUGCCGAUCGGAGGGGGUUAAAGUCGCCCCGGCCAGGCCACGGGCUAUCAGUCUCUAUUGAGAGCUUUUUUUUUUUUUUUUUCCCCUUUAAAUACAAGUGAGUUUGGAGAAAAGAAAGAGGGGGAGAGGGGGGCAGAGUCACUUUUUUCAGCGCAGGAAAAGGUUCGAAGGGCAUUUAGACAAGCCACCUCGCUGAGCCCGGCCGCUCGCUGCCCGGGAGACGUGCGCCCAGCCCAUUUUACGUGUGACGAUUUCGGGGGUAAAGAGAGCAAGUUUUUUUCUCCUGGGCAAACUGCAGAUUCUCCCUCUUCCCCUUAAAAAAUUCCGCAGCCCGCCUUGUCUUGCAGGUACGUUGAACCCGUCUCGUUUUUAACUAUUGUAGACAUUUUUUUUUAAGAAAAUGGAAAGCAGGAAGAGCGUGCGGGCCCUAUAGUUUGACCUCUUUUGGCCUGGGAGAAACAACCCAGGAUGCGUUUCUAGGGGACCGGAACGGGAUUUUCAAAGCUGUCUCUGGAUUACAGGGGAAGCGCUCUUAAAAGCAAUCCAAUGGUUUUCCCCCAGGCUUUUCGGCAAAGGAAACUUCCUUCCUUCCCAAUCUGGACUUUUUGCUUGCUUGUUUGUUUCGAAGUGCCUGGGGCCUUGUGUGCACGAGAGUGUUGUUUUCGGUGAGAAUACUUGUCAAACUCUUCUUUAGCAUGGCGCUUUGCUCCCGAAUCAGACGCCGGCAGCCAAACUUGUCCCCUCUCGUAGAGUAGGAAGCAGCUGGGCGCCGGGGCUGUUGGGGGAGCCAGGAAGAACCCAGGUUGGGAUCGACUCCUCUGGCCAUGCUUGCUGCUACCUGUAAUAAGAUCGGCAGCCCCAGCCCGUCUCCCUCCUCCCUCUCGGACAGCUCUUCUUCCUUCGGUAAAGGCUUCCACCCCUGGAAACGUUCCUCGUCGUCCUCCUCCGGCAGCUGCAACGUAGUGGGUUCCAGUCUCUCAAGCUUCGGCGUGUCGGGGGCCUCCAGGAACGGCGGCUCGUCCUCGGCGGCCGCGGCGGCCGCGGCAGCGGCGGCGGCGGCCGCAGCCCUGGUGUCCGAUUCGUUCAGUUGCGGUGGCUCGCCGGGCUCCAGCGCCUUCUCACUAACCUCCAGCAGCGCCGCCGCCGCCGCCGCGGCUGCCGCCGCCGCCGCCUCCAGCUCGCCCUUCGCAAACGACUACUCGGUGUUCCAGGCCCCCGGCGUAUCGGGGGGCAGCGGCGGCGGGGGCGGCGGCGGCGGCGGCGGCUCCUCGGCGCACUCGCAGGACGGCUCCCACCAGCCGGUGUUCAUCUCCAAGGUGCACACCUCGGUGGACGGGCUGCAGGGCAUCUACCCGCGCGUGGGCAUGGCGCAUCCGUACGAGUCGUGGUUCAAGCCCUCGCACCCGGGCCUGGGCGCCGCCGGCGACGUGGGCUCUGCCGGCGCCUCCAGCUGGUGGGACGUGGGCGCGGGCUGGAUCGACGUGCAGAACCCGAAUGGCGCGGCGGCGCUGCCCGGCUCGCUGCACCCUGCCGCCGGGGGGCUCCAAACCUCGCUGCACUCGCCGCUUGGAGGCUACAACUCGGAUUACUCGGGCCUGAGCCACUCGGCCUUCAGCAGCGGCGCCUCUUCGCACCUGCUCAGCCCCGCUGGGCAGCACCUCAUGGACGGCUUCAAGCCGGUGCUGCCCGGCUCCUACCCGGACUCGGCCCCGUCGCCGCUGGCCGGGGCGGGGGGCUCCAUGUUGAGCGCGGGGCCGGCGGCGCCGCUGGGGGGCUCCCCGCGCUCCUCCGCCCGCCGCUACUCCGGCCGCGCCACCUGCGACUGCCCCAACUGCCAGGAGGCGGAGCGGCUGGGCCCCGCCGGAGCGAGCCUGCGGCGCAAGGGCCUGCACAGCUGCCACAUCCCGGGCUGCGGCAAGGUGUACGGCAAGACGUCGCACCUGAAGGCGCACCUGCGCUGGCACACUGGCGAGCGGCCCUUCGUGUGCAACUGGCUCUUCUGCGGCAAGCGCUUCACGCGCUCCGACGAGCUGCAGCGGCACCUGCGGACCCACACGGGCGAGAAGCGCUUCGCCUGCCCCGUCUGCAACAAGCGCUUCAUGCGCAGCGACCACCUCAGCAAGCACGUGAAGACACACAGCGGCGGCGGCGGCGGCGGCUCGGCGGGCUCGAGCAGCGGCGGCAAGAAGGGCAGCGACACCGACAGCGAGCACAGCGCCGCGGGCAGCCCGCCCUGCCACUCCCCGGAGCUUCUGCAGCCCCCCGAGCCCGGGCACCGCAACGGCCUAGAGUGACGCGCGCCCCGCGCCUGCCCCUCUUCCCGACCCCCCCUCUCACCCCGGUCCGCUUGGGCCCUGUCUGGCCUCAGCU